CUGGAUACUGCUCCUGGCUCGUUCCGUGGUGGGUUGCUUGCUCUGCUCUGCUUUGCUUUGCUUUGCUUUGCUCUGCUUUGCCUGCUGUCUUGUGCUGUGCAAUGUGGUAUGUUUGUUUUUUGUUUGUUUGCUUUGCUUUGCUUUGCCGGCUUCCAACCGCCCCCGCACCAAACAUCCACCAAGGUUUGUAUUCCCACUCGGCGCCAUGUCUCACGUCGUCCCAGAUCUCUGCUCUAGGUAGCGUAGUGCGCUCGCCGCGCCGAGUCCAACUGGCUGGUUUGCCCUCCUUUGCGCUUGCCGGCCCUCAACGCAUGUUGCGUUUGUGUGCGUGCGCUUGUCGGUGGUCGCCGGAGGGUGCUCGAGGGUCAAGCAAUCCCAACUUGCCCAGUAGCAAUGACACACACUAUCCAUAACGGGACGGCUACCCCCAGUCAAGGUAAUCAAAAGAAAAUGGCGUUCUUCCAACUCCAAUUGCCCCUGUCUUUUCUGUUUCUGUAGGACGUGGUGUCGGCGACGACUGACUUUAGCCCGGCAAAGAGAUCCACGUCGGACGCUUUGCCUUGGCGCGUGUGGCCUUUGGUAGUCC